CCUCCUCUUGGUUUCUUCUCAGCUCCCAAGAUAAUGCAUAUCCAGCUAACUCAAGAAUAAUACCUAAUGGAGUCAAAAAGCGUUAGUCGCCAGACGGUUAACCGUGCCAAGGCUAUCGUUACCGCAUUGUUGACGAUAUCCGGUAUUGUCGAAGCGGUAUCAAUCCCGCCACCUACCGGCCCUUACCAGGUUGGCGUCCGCAAAUAUACCAUCGAACACUAUAAUGACCACGAUCCCGUGGCGCCGAAUAACGUGAGCACGGCUUUCUUGGCGACCGUCUUCUACCCCACACUCCAGAAGCCCGAGGGCCCCCCGAAGCCGUAUUUAAACCCUGAGACGGCAGCUUUCUUUGAAGUGAACUGGCACUACUCAAACGGGACUCUUUCAUCAAUUACUUCGACUGUGCAGGACGACGCACCUUUUCUAGAAGCAGAAAGUUUGGGUAAUGGGUCGCUGCAUUUACCAACCAUCCUUUUCGGUCCGGGAGGCGGCGGUCCUCCGGUCGAAGGCAAUACGAUUCUACUCUCCGAGCUUGCGUCGUACGGUUAUGCUAUAAUUGGCAUAGAUCACCCAUUCGAGCAGCCCUUCAUCCGAUAUCCGAAUGGAACAGGCGUUACGGGGAUUGAUAUUGAUAAUAUUGAUAUAGAUCUCUUGGACAUCUACAACAUGCGUCUCGAGGACAACACCGUGUUCUUAGACCGCCACCUCCCCGAGUUGGUGCGAAAGUUAAAACUGCCACUCAGUACGACCAGACUUGGUGCCUUUGGGUACUCGCUGGGCGGAGCGGCAGCUCUCGGCUCGGUCCAAAGCCAUGAUCGAAUUAUCUCUGGACUAAAUCUAGACGGCACUGUUAUCGGGAGCCUAGCAUCAAACAGCAGCGCUGCUGAUGUGCGAAAGCCAGCGUUCUUAGUGGGCAGCGAAGGCCACGGGGGAGUUGAAUCGGGUGACGAGACUUGGAUCACAUUCCCACAAUGGCAGACAGGUUGGCAGCGGAAGAUCAAUAUCAACGGGACGACACACCACGAUUUCUUCGACGAUACUUUCUGGAAAACACUCGAGGUCGGUGCAGACCCUCACGCAGGCCCAAUCGACGGCCUCGAGCAGGUCAGGGUCUUGAAUUCUUACGUUAAGGCUUUCUUUGACUUUACCUUGCUGGGCAAGAGAUCCCCCAUCUUAGAUGGCCCCUCGCCUGAAUUCCCAGAGGUAAUCUUCUAUAAUGUGACUGGGUCCCGGUAGAUUGCGAUCAAAGAACUGAGUCACAUCUUAAUUUAUCUUAAGAUCUAAUCAAGAUUUAAUGAUACUUCCCUAGCGAUACUACCAGCCCAUACGAUUCGUGAAAUAAAAAAUAGCUGUGAAUUUCAAGGGCGUCUUACGAUGAAACCCAUGGAUGGGUACGGAUUGGGGUGCUUGGGCUUCUGUGACGGGACAUUGUCCUUCGUCUCAAGAGGGAGAAAAGAAAAAAAAAGUUAAAAAAGGAAAAAAAAGGAAAAACAAAACUAUCGCUUAGUCCUAACAGUCAUCAAUCAAUUGACUAUGCGAGUAUUCCAGAAAACAAG